AUGAUCUGGUGGGGAUGGCUGGCAUUUAAUACUUCGUCCAACUAUUCCGUCUCAGAACAUCAGUGGACUGAAGGAAGCCGAUCAGCUGUUGGGACCAUUAUGGCAUCAGUCGGUGGUGGAAUGGUUACAAUACUGAUUUCACGAUACACAACGAAGAAGAUUGCGGUCGACAUGUUCAUCGAUGGACUGCUAGCCUCUUUGGUGUCAAGUACAGGUGGCUGCCUUUUCUACACCCCAUGGCAGGCAACCUUGGUCGGGGCGAUCGGGUCAACGUUGGCACUAAUAGCGUACCCGGUGUUGGAGAAAGCAAAGAUCGAUGAUCCAGUUGGUGUGAUUCCUGUGCACGUCGUCGGCUCCGUUUGGGGUAUGAUCAGUCCUGCGAUUUUCGUCUGUCGCGACUUUGGUCUGGAGGAACACAAGGUGACAAAUGAGAGCAAACUCUCGGGACUUCUCUAUGGUGGCGGCGUGACAUUACUGCUCUACCAGCUCGCAGCUAUGGGUGCGAUCGCCACCUUCAGCGCAUUGUGCGCAUUCGUGAUACUUUGGGUGAGCUUCACUUCAGUCUCUUCACAUUCAUGUGGCGCUAAAUUGUAG